AUGGAAAAUUAAAACAAAAAUCCAGUAGAAACUGAAGAGGAAGGGUAAAUUUUGAAAAAGUAAUAAAAUUAAUAAGAUUAAUAAAAAAAUGAAAACAAAGAAGUUAUACCUAAACUUAAAGAAUAAGAAGCUAAAAAUGAAAAGUAAAAACAUGAUAAUUCAUCAAAAAAUGAUUAAUAAGUAAUAAAUAAUUUGAUUGAGAAUGGUAAUCAAUAAAAGAAUGAAUAAUAAUAAUAACAAUAAAACCCAGUAUAAAUUGAAAAUGAGUACUUAAAUAUUCUUGAAUAUUUAGAAAGAUAGUUGGAAAGGUAUAGAAAAAUAGAAGCUUAAUGUGUUUCACAAAAAGAUAAAGGGGUUCUUAAACGUAUAAUGUUAACUUUUGAGAGUUAAUUAGAAAAAUUAAAAUUUAAUAUAAUAGAACCUAUAACGAAUGAUGUCAGCAACUUUGGUGGAAUUAGUUUAAUUAAAGAGCUAGAAUAGACAGAAGAGUCUUUUUUUUCUAAGUCUAAAAUAUAAUCUCAUCUUAAAGAGAUUUAUAAAUUCUACUCUAAAAUAUUCUAUGUAAGAGGUCCAUCAGAUGAUUUUACAAGAAUCAAUCAUGAAUCAUAAACUUUAACAGAGGGUAAGUUUAUGAUUUUUUGUCGAUAAUUUGGAUUGUUAGAUGAGAAGAUCCAUCAUAUAAAAACACAAUCAUCAAAAUAUGUAUAAACUAAUAGAAUAUUAAAUGAUACAAUUACAAAUAAAAGUAAUAAAAUUUUUCCAUCCUCUCAAAGGAAUCCUUAAUAAGAAAAUAUGAGAAUCUUGUCUUUUAAAGAACUUGUAUAUUAAUUUGCUUUAUAUAUUAGAAUCUACUGUUUAGGAGAGUUAAUCAAAAUUAAAAUGAAAUUACCUUUAUGAAUUUUAUUCUUUUAUUGAGAGAACUUUCUAAAUUUAUGUUUUAGGAAGAUUAAGCCAAAGCAGAAAUUAGAUUAUUUCGAUACAUUGAAGUAGAUACAACUUAAUUUAAAAAAAAAAUGAAAUCUUUGAAUAUUCCAUUUGAAUCUAAAGAUGAAUAAGGAUUUAGAAAACCUAAAGGAUUGUAAUUGCAAAAAUUUAUUAAUUAUUCAACAGAUUAACUUAAAUCUAAAAGAAUAUUAGUAGAAGAAUGGAAAAAUGUAAAAAAAUAAGAAUUGAGAGAUAAGAUAAUAUCAUAAAUUGAUUAAUCAAGAUCAAAAUCUAUAGUUUUUGAACCUUCUUAUAGAAAGACAAAUAAUUAUAGAGAAAGAAAGUUAAAAAAAAUUGGUUUAGAUGUAAAUUCUAAUUAGAUUGUUAAUUGGGAGAAAUUAGAUAAAUUAGAUCCAUAACUUUUAUUACAUGAAGAAUUCAGACCUGAAGAUCUUAUAGAAGAAAAUGAUGAUGAAGAUGACAAUUAUUAUUUAAAAAGUUAUGAUUUAUCAAAAUAGAAUAAUAAAAUUAUAAUGAAGUAUAAUUAAGAUUAUUAUUUAGGAUCUCAUCAUUAGAUUAGAGAUAAUAAAAAUAUUAAUUAAAAACUGAAUAUACAAAAAGAUAAAUAUAGAACAUUUCAAAAUUAUCACAAUAAAGUGACUAAAAGUCAGCUUAUCUAAAAUUGCCAAGAUUAUAGUAUAAAUGA